UUGUGCGUGACGUACAGCUGCUCCGGCGCAGCCAUUCACACAGGCCGGCCAGCCGCCAGAGUACCUCCAUCAUGGCGGCGGCGUUUACUGCGCGGCGAUGUAUGUCGCUGCUCGGGCCGCUCCGACGGGGAGGAGGGGGAAUACCGGGCAGCCUCAGCAUGAAGCUCCGGCAGGCACCCACCGCUCUGCUGCGGCCUUUGUGCGGCUGCCGCCUCCGGCAGGACCGUACCUUCUCCUCCAGGAACAGACCAGAAGGUAAAGUGUUGGAAAUGGUUGGAGUUUUUGAGGUGCCAAAGCAACAGGGAAAAUAUGAAACGGGUCAGCUCUUCCUCCACAGCGUCUUUGGAUACAGAGGCAUUGUUCUGUUUCCAUGGCAAGCAAGACUAUAUGACCGAGAUGUCGCCUCUCCAGUCUCAGAAAAGUCAGAAACUCCAACAGCUCAUGGAUCCAAAGAGGUCAAGGGUGAAACCCACACCUAUUACCAAGUACUAAUAGAUGUUCGGGACUUCUCCCAUAUCUCACAUAGGUCACAGACAGAAGCGGUGACGUUCCUUGCAAAUCAUGACGAUAGUCGAGCAUUGUAUGCAAUUCCUGGUUUAGAUUAUGUAAGUCAGGAGGACAUUCUUCCCUACAAAUCCACUGAUCAAGUCCCUAUACAGCAUGAACUUUUUGAAAGAUUCCUAAGUUAUGAUCAAACCAAAGUGCCACCUUUUGUAGCGCGUGAUACCCUACAUGCAUGGCAGGCGAAGAAUCAUCCUUGGCUGGAGCUUUCUGAUGUGCACAGGGAGACCACAGAGAACAUCCGUGUCACUGCGAUUCCCUUCUACAUGGGAGUGCGGGAAGCUCAAAAUGUGCAUGAGUAUUGGUGGCGUUACUGCAUCCGCCUAGAGAACCUUGGUGGUGAAGUUGUUCAGCUGAGAGAGCGUCACUGGCGGAUUUUCAGUCUCUUGGGUUCCCUGGACACAGUGAUGGGACGUGGUGUGGUUGGCAAGGAGCCAGUACUGUCUAAAGAGCAGCCAGCUUUUCAAUACAGCAGCCACGUGUCACUAAAUGCAUCCAGUGGCCAUAUGUGGGGAACAUUCUGCUUCGAGCGACUUGAUGGUUCACAUUUUGAUGUCCGGAUUCCUCCUUUCUCUCUGGAAAGUAACAAGGAUGAAAAGACGCCCCCAUCUGGUCUUCACUGGUAGUGCUGCUAUGCAUACCCAACCUGGACUGAAACACACUUUGUAGAACUGUGCUUGUCAGACUGUUGUGUCUCAGACACUGUAGGAAUGGAACUGUUUGUAAGAUCAGGUAUCGGAUCCCGUGUCUAGUUUUUGGGAGGAGGAUUUGUGUUGGUAUCUACCCUCUAACACUCUUGCUGCUGCGUUUCUUGGAAAUUCCCACGUUGCCGAGCCGUGACCUAACCGAUACUCCUGAAUCAUCCAAGAGCUUGUUUGGGAAUUCAAUUCUUAUUUUAUUUUAUUGUCUUUUCAAGAUUAUAUAUAAUAUAUAAUUUUUGUUUGCCAGAAUAAUAAAGAAAUACAUUUCUUGAAA